AGAGGCCGCUUCCGGUUCGAGCUCCCGGAACCGCCGCCUCUCGGGAUGGAUGGUCAGACUCUGCGAAAGGGUGACAGAAGCCGCUCGUGCUUGCGGGAGAAAAAGGAGUGGAGCUGUAGAGCUGCCCUCUGACCUUACUGUUAACCCCCGUUUACAGACCAAGGCCACUGAGGCUCAGCAAAGGCUUACACUAAGGACAUGGUGCCAGACUUCGAUGAGAAACAUGAUGAGUAUUUAAUAUUGCUUCAGCAGAGGAACCGGAUAUUAAAGCAUUUGAAAACCAAGGACCCCAUGCAAUUGAGAUUGGAGCACUUGGAGCAGGGCUUCACUGUCUACGUCAAUGGGGCCAAUUCUGAGCUGAAGACAUCACCCCGGAAAGCUGUCCACUCUGACUUCACCAGAAGUGCCUCACAUGCCGAGGGAACACAUGAUGGUGGACAAAGAACCCUGUUCCGAGAAGCAGAGGAAGCUUUAAGACGCAACUCUCGGACAGCCCCCAGCAAAGUCCAACGCCGAGGAUGGCACCAGAAAUCUGUGCAGAUCAGAACGGAAGCUGGCCCACGGCUUCACAUUGAGCCACCUCUGGACUAUUCUGAAGAUUUUGAGCCAGGAGGAGAUGAGACCAUCAAGGCAAAGGGUGCUUCUGGGGACCGACCACAGGGCACCAAGUAUUCCACUGACAGACUUCCAUCCUUCCAACCACCCUGUGAUUUUAACUUCUCCCUUCUAAACGCACACGGAUGCUCAGACCCUGCAAGCAGUACAGACAAAGAAAGGAUCCUCUUAACUAUUCAGGAUGUAAUGGAGCUAAGAAAAAGCCUGGAACUUAGUGUAAAUCUACAGAGGAAACAGAAAGAUGGUUCCAGUGAUGAGUAUGACUCCAUUGAAGAAGAGGUGCUGUCUGAACCUGAGCCCGAGGAACAGGUGCUGAUGAGCCAACCCAAAGAUGACCCCGCUCUUUCCAGUGGGGACUCCAUGCAGAAGGAUGUUGCUGAGGACCAAGAGACAGAAGGGCACCCUCCCCAGGGCCCAGACACCCUCGUGGUGCUGGAAUUUAACCCAGCUUCCAAGAGUAAUAAAAAGGAAAGGAAUUUAUCUGCCAAGAGGAAGGACAACGCUGAGGUUUUCAUUCCCAGCAGACCCGAACUGAACUUGAACCCCCAGCCCUCUACUGUGUUCCCAGACCAGGAGAAGGCAUGCUCAAGACCUGGGAGCCGGCGUGAGAGACCCCUAUCAGCAACCCGAAAACCAGUGCAGGAGGCUGAGGACCGGGAGGAAGACGCCUCUGCGGUGCUCAGGGCCAUCCAGGUGGAGAAUGAAGCCCUGCAGAGGGCGCUCCUCAGCAGAAAGGCUGAGCCCCCCACCAGCCCACUGCAGGACACAGAGGGACCACCAGCAAAAUCGUGGACCAGUCUACUGAAGGGGAAGGAAGAGAGCCCUGAGCAGCUUCCUACCCCCGCUGCUACCAGUGCGACCAGCCCAACCAGCACGACCAGCCCACAGGAGCCGGCCAGGGCGGCAGGGGGAGCCAGAGCCGUCAGCGAAGCCAUUGACAGAAUCGGCCUUUUGGGGAGCAGACAACAGCAGAGGCUUCUGAAAGUCCUCCAGGCCAUCGAAAGCGACUCUGCCCGUCUCAGCAGGGUCACUUCACCAACGGAGGAACCAAUGCUAGACCCAGAGGACAAAUCGAGAACAAAACGUGGAGACAUCAAAGAUGCCGUCUACGUGACCAUGGAAAUCCUGUCCAACUGGGGCCACACAUCCUGGGUGGGUCUCACAGAAGUUGAGUUCUUUGACCUGCACAACACAAAGCUUUAUGUGUCGCCUCAUGAUGUGGAUAUCCGGAACACGGACACACCCGGGGACCUGGGCCACCUGGUCAAUCGGAACUUAGCUAGCAAGAAAGACACCUCCCUGUGGACGUGCCCCUUCCACCUGCCGCUCCAGCUCUUUUUUGUCAUCCGCAACACCAGGCGGCUGCAGGACUUUGGUCUAGGCAAGAUCAAGGUUUGGAACUACUGGACGGCUGAUGGCGAUCUCGACAUCGGUGCCAAGAACGUGAAGCUUUAUGUCAAUAAAAAUCUCAUCUUUGAUGGCACGUUAGACAAAGGAGGUGGAGAGGCCCCGGCUGACCGCAGCAUCCCGGUGGUCCUGAAACCCAAGAGCGACGAGAACAGGGGAAGGGCCCUGGGUGCCCUCUCGGGAGAAAGCAGAGAUGCCCGCAAGAUGGCUGGCACAGAUGGGGAGCUCUCGCAGCCAGCUGGAGCAAGAGCGGAUGUAAAGGUUUCUUCCCAAGGAAAGUUAUUUGGCGAAAAGAUGAAUCCUUCCGACAACACGAAGGACAGUUUGUCCAAGUUAGAUGAAGACACGAGCUGCUCAGCAGCCCCAGCCUCAAUGGGUGGCGUGCCCAGUGCUCCCCUGCUCUGCCCCACUGUGGAACGCCCUCCCCUUGACCCAGAGCUCUCUCUGACCCAACAGCUGGAAAACCUCAUGGGCAGAAAAGUCUCUGAGCCGCCAGCAAAAACCCCAUCCUGGUUGCAACCUUCUGUCACAGGGAAGGGCAGGAAGCAGGGAGAUAGGAAGCCCAAACCCCUCUGGCUGAGUCCUGAGAAGCCACUGGACUGGGGAGGCCAACUUCCAUCAGACUCCAUCAUUAACAUUAUGGGGGAGGAUCCUAAAGAGACAGAGGUUGGAGAUAAAGGCCCCAGGCGUGAGCCAGGGCGGUCAAGCAGCUGGAAUGUCAUUGCUGGGGAGAGAGCCCAGAAGGUGACCCCCAAAGUCAGUGACAACUUUGACAUCUUUAACCAGCCCUCCAGCAGGGAACACCCUGCUAGUGGGAGGAGGGGCCCGAGGAAGGACACCCUCCUGAGCAGUCACAGCGAUGGCCAGCCAACUGGCAGAGUACAUCUGGGGAGCUCAGAAGAUGGGGAGCUGAAGAAGCUAGAAGUCCUCCGGACUCCGCACUCAGAAAGCAGCAUGUUUACACAGAACACCCAGUCCGCCAAGACGCCGCUGCGCUCCCAGUGCUGCAGCGAGCAGGAGCACACGCUGCACGAGUCCUGGGACUCCCUCAGCGCCUUUGACCGCUCCCACCGGGGACGCAUCUCCAACAUGGAGCUGCAGGGGGACAUCCUGGACGAGUUCCUGCAGCAGCAGAAGGGCAGCCGGCACGGCGAGCAGCUGCCCCCCGGCAAGGAGGAGAAGCCAGAGCCAAGGAGAGGCCCGGAGGACAGCCCCGGAGAGCCCGACGACGGCAGUGACUUUGAAAUCCCUGUCUUGCCUUACGGACAGCGCCUGGUCAUCGACAUCAAGUCCACGUGGGGGGACCGGCACUAUGUCGGCCUCAACGGAAUAGAAAUAUUCAGUUCAGAGGGGGAGCCAGUGCAAAUCGCGAACAUUUGCGCGGACCCCCCUGACAUCAAUGUUUUACCUGCCUACGGGAAGGACCCCCGCGUGGUCACCAACCUCAUCGACGGGGUGAACAGGACCCAGGACGACAUGCAUGUCUGGCUGGCCCCCUUCACACUGGGCAAGCCCCACUCCAUCUCCAUAGACUUCGUGCACCCUUGCCAAGUCGCCCUGAUCCGAAUAUGGAACUACAAUAAAUCUCGGAUACAUUCCUUCCGUGGCGUGAAGGACAUCACCAUGCUGCUAGACGCACAGUGCAUCUUUAAAGGAGAAAUCGCCAAGGCCUCGGGGACCCUGACGGGAGCCCCAGAGCACUUUGGAGACACCAUCUUGUUCACGACGGACGAUGACAUUCUGGAGGCCAUAUUCUGCUCAGAUGAGACCUUUGACGGGGAUGUGGCGAGCCCCUGCAGCCUGCAGAGCGAGGAGACGCCCAGGAGGCCGAGCACCGCCGACAGCGAUGGGGGGGACAGGCCCUACACCCGGGCCGGCUCGUGGGCUGAGGACCGGAUCCCGGGGCUAGAGCCGCCACCCAGUCCCCCUGUCCCUGAAGUAACCACGCCAGAGCCGGGCAUCUACCACGGGAUCUGCCUCCAGCUGAAUUUCACUGCCUCCUGGGGGGACCCGCAUUACCUGGGGCUCACAGGCCUGGAAGUGGUGGGCAAGGACGGCCAGGCACUGCCCAUCAGCCUGCACCAGAUCACUGCCUCCCCCAGAGACCUAAAUGACCUCCCCGAGUACACCGAUGACUCCCGGACCCUGGACAAGUUAAUCGAUGGAGCCAACAUCACAAUGGAGGAUGAGCAUAUGUGGCUGAUCCCCUUCUCGCCUGGCCUGGACCACAUGGUCACGAUCCGCUUCGACAGAGCUGAAAGCAUCGCAGGCCUGCGCUUCUGGAACUACAAUAAAUCUCCUGAGGACACCUAUCGCGGGGCCAAAAUCGUGCACAUCUCCCUGGACGGCCUGUGUGUCUCCCCUCCAGAGGGCUUCCUCAUCCGGAAGGGGCCGGGCAACUGCCACUUUGAUUAUGCUCAAGAAAUUCUCUUUGUGGACUACCUCCAGGCUCGCCAGCUGCCCCAGCCGGCCCGGAGGCUCGACCUGCAAAGCCUGGAGCGUGCAACCAUGGACUAUGAGGCGCCCCUGAUGCCCUGCGGCUUCAUCUUCCAGUUGCAGCUCCUUACCAGCUGGGGUGACCCCUAUUAUAUCGGUCUCACAGGCCUGGAGCUGUAUGAUGAGCGAGGAGAAAAAAUCCCUCUGUCGGAAAACAAUAUCGCCGCCUUCCCCGACAGCGUGAACUCGCUGGAGGGCGUGUGCGGGGACGUCCGGACCCCCGACAAGCUCAUCGACCAAGUGAAUGACACCAGUGACGGCAGACACAUGUGGCUGGCUCCCAUCCUGCCGGGCCUGGUGAACCGAGUUUAUGUGAUUUUCGAUCUGCCCACCACCGUGUCAAUGAUCAAACUGUGGAAUUACGCAAAAACGCCCCAUCGAGGGGUGAAAGAGUUUGGCCUCCUGGUGGAUGACUUGCUUGUGUACAACGGAAUCCUGGCCAUGGUGGGCCACCUGGUGGGGGGCAUCCUGCCCACAUGUGAGCCCACGGUGCCCUACCACACCAUCCUCUUUACCGAGGACACGGACAUCUGCCGCCAGGAGCGACACACGGCCAUCAGCAAUCAGGUGGAGGAUCAGGACGUCCAGAUGAUGAAUGAAAACCAAAUCAUUACCAACUCGAAAAGGAAGCAGGGUGCAGUUGACCCAGCCUUACGCCCCAAAACGUGCAUAAGCGAGAAGGAGACAGUACGACGAUGGCGGUGCUGACCCGAGGAGGGAGAGCCGGCGCCCGCCCCGCCCUCAGCCUGGAGCAGCCUGGGCUCCAGGGGCUGGAAGAGGGGAGCCAGAGGGCACCCGUGUGGCAUGGCCUUCCUCUGCGCUCCCUCCGCGUGCCCCCCGCCCGCCCCGGGGCGCAGCAGCCCGGCCCGCCCCCGCUGGGCCGCCUCGGGUGGGUGCCGUGGCCGGAGGCCUCCCGUCCCGCGCAGAGCCUGGGUGCCCGCCCCGUCGGCCUCAGACCCCACAGGAGGGGGCGCCCGGGGGUGCGGGGAGGCUGCAGCGGAGGUGCCAACAGCUCCCCUCCCCGCCACCCCUGCCUCAAGGGCGGGCUGCUGCGGCCGGCUGGGGAUGGGGGGUCAUUCAGUCCCUGCCCCCCCCAAUGUCUAGCCCGGACUGCUCCACCCCCUUGGCUCAUCCCAGGCGAGGACGGACCCCUCGGGGAGGUGUGUCUCACGUAGGAAAGGAAGGGAGCGGGGCCCACCGGCCAGGCCGCCCGGCGCACGGGGGGGGGGGUGGGGGGCAGCCUCCCCUCGGGCCCCCCUCCACGGCCCCCCUCCGCGUCCGCCCGGAACUUUGUCUGGAGGCGGGGCCCCUCCCGGUCCCUCCUCCCCGCCCGCCCCCCUUCCAGCAGCUUCCCCUCGAGUUGGAAACGUGCCUUGCACCCCCAGCCGAGUGAAGCUCCGAACGUAUCUAUUUCCAUCGAUGUAACAAGCUCGGAUCAGGGACCUAAUUGGUUUCCCAGCGGUGGGUAAUUUCUCGUUGCAAAUAUUAAUCCGCUGUUUCCCUGGCGCGCGGCCCGGCCGCCGCAGCCCUGGGCCCCGAGUACGUUCCUAUGCAACCGCGCGCCCGAGCCGGCAAAUACUUUAUGGGCUUUGCAGCUUCGGCGGAGCAGCUAUGCAAAUGCGCUUUUCAUUUGGAGCGCGGGGCCGAUGGGGAGAUAAGGAAUUGUUUCUCCCGGAGAAGAUCCAUCAUUCCUGUAGCUUCCAGGGCCGGGGCUUCUGUGCGCGCCUCCCAGAUGUGCCGAGCGCCUGCGAGGAGGCCGCUGGGCCCCGGGGG